AUGUCACAGCAUUUGGUUGCGCAGUACAAGCGAAAUUCUCGCAAGCGCAUCAAGGAGCAGUGUACAGAAGAGCAACCAGCGAAAACACCGAAGACCGAUGCAGAGCGAGCACGGUGCUACCGAGCCAACAAGAAAGCAGCCAGAGUUGAGGCGUCACCGACCGUCGGUUGGGACGCCGGAGAAGGUCCUUCUACAAGAGUGUUCAAUACCACCCGUACUGCACCGGUAUCAAUCCCAUUGUCGAAUGAUCGAGGCGAAUCAGUCGUCGAUGAUGCAUCUCGAGGUGUUAUCGUCCCGUCACCGUACCCACAAGACGAAGAAAGCGAUGAAGCCGUAUCGGAUGGGGCGGCUUCCGAUGACGAUGCCGACAUUCGCAUGUCCCCCGCUACUCAAGAACCCAACUUUGAUCGUGCCGACCGGGAGUUCAGGAAACGGUUCUUGGAAAACGAGUUUGGCCAUUCCUGUGAUGUAUGCGCGCGAAUUUGGUUCAAGAAUGAUUUGAAACCGAUAAGUGGUGCCGAUGCUGGCCUUCUAUUGGCGACAAAUUAUUUCGAAUCUGUGGAAGGAUUCUCAGCGUGUCUGACUUGUCGAAGCAACCUCAAGCGUGGAUUGAUUCCUUCGUUGUCGCAAUCGAAUGGAUUUACAUAUCCUCGCUUCCCGGCAAAUUUACCCCCGCUGGAUCCCUUGACAGUUAGGUUGGUUUCGCCAAGAAUCAACUUCAUGCAACUGCGUCGUUUGCGCUAUGCAGCAGGAAGCCUGUCAAUUAUCGGGCAAAUUAUCAAUGUUCCGGUGGAUGUGGCCCAGAUGGUCAGCGAACUUCCUCGCCAACUGGAUGACGACCAUGCCUUCAAUGUGUGCAUCAAGAGGCACAUGAUCCACAAGUCGAGUUACUUGUCCGGAUACGUGAAGAAGGGUACGGUCAAGGCCUGGUUGAACUACCUCGUAACCACACCGCUGUACAGACGAUACGGCAUAGUCUUCAACGAAGAUAACCUGGCAGCCAUCGUACCACCCCAGCAACCCGGAACAAGUGCGAGCCCAUCGAUUGAUCUCGAGGUCAUUGACGCGUCGAACGAUACAGAGCUGCUUAUUGGCCAGCAGCACACGCUCCUAUGGGAUGAGGACAAGUGCCUCGAAAUCGCUCCGGGUCAAAAUCGGACACCGCUAUCCCUCAUUUAUGAUGAAUUUGCGGAAGAGCUGUCGUUCCCGGAUAUAUAUCUCGGCCAUCCACGCAUCUUCAAACCCGAAGUUCGGGUUACGCCUUUCAUGAUGGCAACUAGCGAGAUAAGGCGCCGAGACCGCCGUGGCGCAAGACCGGAACAUAUUUUGUUCAUGGCGAUGAAGAUCAUGCGGCUACGCGUUUCUGAAGGGUUGAAGAAUACGUUUAAAUGUAUGGGAACGGCUAAUAUAACACGAGCCCAACUACAAGACCGUAACUUCCUCGAGAGCUGCAUCGACCGCAAUCUGUCCUUCCUGAAAUCCAUUCCGAACUCGGUCCAAUACUGGCAGCAGAGGAAACGAGACGUGUUUGCGAUGAUCCGUCAGUUGGGAAAGCCGACUAUGUUCUUGACGGUGAGUGCCAAUGAAAUCAGGUGGCCACAUUUGUUAGAAAUUCUGCAGAAGCUGGCGAAUGGAUGCAACGAACCCGCAGCGGCCAACAUCAGAGCACAGUUGACUGCACUGCAACGGGUCACGCUUGUUUCCGAAGAUCCAGUAACGUGUUGCGCGUAUUUCAACAAAUUGGUUAACGUGCUGAUGCAGCUGCUGUCGUCGUCAAGAUAUAGUCCGUUCGGGAAAUUCUAUGUCGUGGAUUACUUCAAACGGAUUGAAUUCCAACAUCGUGGAAGUCCACAUGCGCAUAUUCUGCUAUGGUUGGCCAACGAUCCUCGCGAAGCUGUGUCGGAAAACAUGCCUGCUACCGUUGAGCUGAUCGAUGCUCUCUGCUCCGUUAGUGUCGAUGACCUGCCUGAAACGUAUGGAAAUCAGGUACACAAGCAUACGUUUACGUGCUUCAAGCGUAACGACAAACGGUGCAGGUUUAAUAUUCCGUACUGGCCGAUGGAUCAGACCAGGAUAUUGAUUCCAAUCACGGCGGGCGAUGGUCGACUCGACGAUUUGCGAAGACGUGCCGUCCAACUGCGAGAUGCUCUCGAAACUAAAAGUUUCGACUCCCUGGAAGCCUUCCUUGUCGACUCCAACUGCACAUACGAGUACUAUCUCGAUGUGAUUCGUGCUUCGAUUCGCCGACCGACGGUUUGCUUGCGACGGUCCAUGACGGAGCUCUGGACCAAUUCGUUCAACCCCUGGAUUGCGAAGGUCCUCAAAUCCAACAUGGAUUUACAGUUCGUCUUGGAGGAGUUUUCGUGUGCUGCCUAUGUCGUUGAGUAUGUAAACAAAACAAACAGAGGCAUAAGCAGCUUACACCGGGAACUGGUCAAACUCCAAGAAGAACAUCCGGAAAGCGACUACAACGAUCUUCUCAAGAAAGUCAGCAUUAAAAUGCUCAACGCCGUCGAAAUGUCUGCUCAGGAAGCCGCGUGGUACUUGCUUCGGCAACCGAUGUCGGAAGCUAGCCGAAAGGUGGAGUUUAUCCCGACCAUGUGGCCGCACGAGCGAAUCAAGUCGCGGAAAAGGACGAAGCAGAUGGACGAGGAAGAGCUAGAAGAUGACUCGACCGAUGUUUGGACCCUCAAUAUCAUCCAGAAAUACGAGUCGAGAACAGGAAUGGAUGACAUUUGCCUGGCGGAUUUUGUGGCCUGCUACACGGAGGAAAAGAACGCAAAGAAUUCGUUCAAAUUGCGAAGCUUUCCCCGUGUGAUACGCUGGUGCGCAUACAAUAUGUCCGAGCUGGUUGAGUACAAACGCGAGAUGGUGCUGCUAUUUCUGCCGUUUCGAAACGAGGUCUGCGAUAUACUGGACCGAAAUAAAUUUCUGCAGUUGUAUGAGGUCAAUGAGGCUACCAUCCUUGCCAAGUUGAAGGAGUACGACUGCGAAAUUAAUUUGGACCAGGUCGUGGAUGAGUAUAUCCGGCUGUCCGACGAGGAUGACGAACAGCAAGCAGCAGCUGGUCAAAAGCGCGAUGAGUUUGUCCGAACCAUCACCAUGGAACCGAACGAUGACGAUAUUCGGUACUUGCCGACAGGACCCAUGGCGGCUGUUGUUAAACAGCGUUCCAAUGUUCUGUCGAAACAGGAGUACUGCGAGAUGGUUCGUGCGACGAAUGCGGAGCAGCGUGAUUUGAUCCUGCAAGUAAUCGACAACUUGCACAGCUUUAGCGACGACAGCAAACCAGUACAGAUUUUCUUCACCGGUCCGGCAGGCUGUGGAAAGACGUUCACUUUGAGAAUCCUGAUGGAGACGGUCAAUCGCUUCAGCCAGGCGCAUAACUCGCAAAGCAAUGCCUACGUAGCUUGCGCAUCCACAGGGAAGGCAGCCGUUGCCAUCGGUGGUACCACAGUCCAUUCCGCGUUCCGGAUUACGAUGUCCCGUAGACAAAGCUCAAAGCUGAGUUUUGAAGCGCGGCAGCUGUACCGUAAUGCCUUUGCAAAUGUAAAGGUCAUUAUUGUUGAUGAAACCAGCAUGCUUGGAGCUGAUGUUCUCAACACGGUACACGCUCGGCUGCAAGAAAUUACGGGCAACUAUGACGAUCCGUUCGGCGGUAUGUCGAUUGUGUUUUGCGGCGAUCUACGACAGCUACCCCCUGUCAAUGCACGACCAGUGUUCAAACCCUCUGCCAAUUCGAUGCACGGUGCGGUGUUGUGGCAGUCUCUGGAGUUUUACCCACUGGUUCAAGUCAUGCGUCAGGCAAACGAAGAGUUUUCCUCUAUCCUGACCAAAAUCGGUAACGGAGAACAGUUGUCCCCGGAAGAAAUUCGCCUGAUCGAGAGCCGUUUUCGUACAACGGAAUGGUGUCAGCAGCAUGUACCGCAGGCAAUACGGCUAUUCCAUCGAAACGCCGACGUGGAGCGAUACAAUACCGUAGCAUUGAUGGAUCGCGACGCAGCUGAAAGUACGGCGGAUGAUGUGUACUCCGGGUACAAAGACAACUCCCAGCUGGUUGGAGCGCGCACGAAAGUGCACAAGAUGGGCGUUGUGGAGGCUGGCGGUCUGCCGUAUUUACUACGACUGGUGGUGGGUACCCCGUACAUGAUCACCACAAACAUCGACGUUGAAGAUGGUUUGGUGAACGGUGCUAUCGGUGAGCUUAUGUUCGUCGAGCACAUCGAAGAUGAUCCGCAGCAGCAAAUCGUCAAGCUGUGGUUCAACUUCGAGAACAGCUCUAUCGGCAAGGCGUUGCGGGUGAAGGCCCGCCCGCUGGUGUACUCGAAACCAGGAGUUUUGAAUCCGGAGUGGACCCCAAUCGCCAAGCGCUCCGCGAACAUCAACCUCAACGGUGGCGUCAAGUGCAGGAGAAUACAGUUUCCGGUGGUGAGCGCAUGUGCCCUUACGGUGCACAAGUCUCAGGGCGGCACCUUUUCGGAGGUAGUGUUCAGCUACGAGAGAGGCCAAGAACAGCAGCUGGUGUACGUUGGAUUUUCCAGGGUGACUUCACUCGAGGGAUUAUUCCUCACCAACCCUACCAACAGCUUCCGGUUUCACCACGGCAAAGGCGCAAUCACGCCAAGAAUCUGCGAUCUCCGCACAGAGCUGGAGAGGUUGAACAACCACCGCCUGCGCACCAUCGGCGAAGACGUCAUGGAGGUGAUAUCAUCGAACCGAUCUGCUUGUACGAUGAUGAGCUUAAAUGUGCAAAGUUUAAAUGCACACUCAUCGGACAUUGCAACAGAUCGUGUUCUCUGUGCCGUCGACUUGCUCGCUCUCAGUGAGACUUGGGUGGACAACAGCUCGCGCGCAACCGUGGCUGGGUUCCACUGUAUCGCCCAAGAGAAGCGCACCGGAGCAAGAGCUGGAGGAGUUGCCAUCUUGCAGAGCACACAAUCAUCGACCAUGGCUGUUGCUCACGAGAUUAACAAGCUCGAUGCCAGCUACGAUCCGAUGAUGGCGGUGGCGGACGAGUACGGUGACAUCUGCGCCAUUGAAUUGCCGGUUAUGGGCACCCGUACGCUCCUGUUUUCGUUGUAUCUGUCACCGGGUACUACGUUGAAGGAGAAGAAGCUCUUCCUGGCCCGCAAUCUGAUCCACUAUUUUAGUGUUGAUACGCCCGUCGUUGUAACCGGCGACUUCAAUAUCGAUGUAUCGAAACCGGAUAAUUUCGAGUUCAUCGACUUCAUGCGGAUCUAUCUGCGCCUUGAACUAGCUUCGGAUCGAUCGCUUGCGACCACUCUCGGCGGUUCAUGUCUCGACCUGACCUUCAUGCGGAACAUUCGGGUAGCAUGUACGAGGUACUGUGCGUACUUCUCCUACCACAGGCCAAUCCUGUCAGUGCUGGAGCUGCCUUGCGGUAAGUUUAAUGAUAUUCAGUGAAGCAUUUCUUACCUUGUCUAUUUCACAUAUCUCGUUUCAGAAGCACCGAUAUGUUCCUCCCAUGAAGAAAGCUCGUAGAUUCCAUCCCGCUUAUCAACCCCCGACAUUGCAUCAACCACACCGUACAACAUCGCAAUCCCGUCGCAUAUCAACCUCUCGAAAUUGCAUAUCAACCCCCUCGACAUUGUCUCGACCACGCCGUACACAUCGCUAUCCUGUCGCACAUCAACCCCGCCGACAUUGCAUCAACCACGCCGUACAUUCUCGUUAUCUCGCCGCGUAUCAACUUCUCGAAAUUGCAUCAACCACGUCGUACACCAUCGCUAUCCGGAUCGAUCAUCCGCCCGCGUACCACGAGUUGCGAGAGGCUUCCAUCGC